CCACUCCCAGGGUGCUCUGUGAAACCGAGGAGCUACCGCAGAGACAGGGGGUCGAGCCGCAAGGUGUGCUGCUGUCUCAGCCUGGUACUCCCCGGGAUUAAUAUUCGCUGGCAAAGCGCAGGAGGGCAAACUCGGGAGGUUAGGGGCACAUGAAGAUCACAGAGAGAAGUACCUGAGCGACUGAAAACGGGUCUGUGGACAUGGUGUGAUCAUGUCAGCAGCUAGAGCAGAGUCGCGUCGCCUCGCUAGGAGCAAGUCUGAGGGGACACUGAUUGAUGUGGAUGACAAUGGACAGCUCAGCAGCAAUAAUUACAAAGGCAGUUACAUUGCACCUAGUGUAAGCAAGCAUUCAGAAUGGCCCAUUUUACAGCCAGAGGUCUUACAGCCUGCAAAAGCCUCAAACCCAUUCUGGAAUGGCCUUUCUGGCUCCAAUCCCUUCCUGGAUGACAUUAUGGACAAUGGAGAAAGUCAGAGAAACAAUACUAGAGUUUCAAUAUUGAAGGAGGACCCCUUGGCUGUAUUUGGUGCAGAAAAUGCAGAUUCAAACAGCUCUACAGAUGAAGUGAACAUCAGUCAUCUUUUGAAUUUAAAAAGGAAGCCCACUCAGAAAAGGUCUGGAAGGUGGAAUAGUGCAUCCGAUAUUCUGGAUAUUUCAGAUGGAAAAGCACCCCCCAGGCAAAGCAAUCUGGUGGUGUCAAAUCAGUUUUUGACACCGGAUUUCGAUUGGCUGAAAGAUGACAGAGAAGCACACAAGAUGGCAUGGCUGAGCCACAGGCAGUUGACUAGAUCAUGCCUUGAUUUGGGGAUCAUGAGUCAGAGUCCUGGCUGGGCCCAGAGUCAAGCAACAGAGACACAAAUUGUCUGCAAGCUAAACCAUAAUGGAGGAUCGGUACAGUUACCUGAUGCUGACAUCAGCGCCCAUAUUCCAGAAGGCCACGUUGCACCAGGACAAAUUCAGGAAAUUGCGUUGAAAGCAAUCCUUGACCCUCCACAGGGACUGAAUACUGACCUUUCGACCACUCUGAGCCCACUUUUGGAAGUAAGUCUCAGCAACCACGACACGCAGGAGUGCAUUUCAUUAGAGAUGAAGAUUGCUGGUGAAAUCAAACGCGAUCCUCUGAGCCAGGUCAUGACUGAAAUUGUGUGUCUGUGUGGACACAAAAAAGAGGGACCCUUCGAAAGGCUAAAGAGCUGUUAUGUUUAUAGGGACACGCUGCAAGUGAAGCUGAAGAACACAAGGCCUCAGCUGUAUGUCAUCGCCGCAGCUCAAGCCAAAGUUCUUCAGCCCCCAGCGGCUUCCGUGUGGGACUACAUGGACAGGCAGGUCACUGUCGGGAUCUACGGACCGAAGCACAUCCACCCGACCUUUAAGGCGUUGUGUGCAGUUUUCUGUCACAAUCAAAUCCCUCAAAAAUUCUGCUUCUCAGACUUCAAAAAGGGCGGCAAAAACUUGCCCCAGGUCGUACUGCAGCUCUGGGGGAAACAUCAAUUCCACCCGAAAGAGCUGCAGAAUCUCCAGAUUGCACUGACGCCCCUCGACUGUACAUACGAAAUCAGCGCCGUGGAUCAAGUUAAAGAGGUGAAGCAAGUGCACCUCAAAAUGGGGCAAAUUCUGCGUCUGCCAUUUACCUUGUCCAAGUCCGGGAGUGGUGAAAUGCUGCCUUUUAAAUUAGGAGUUCAAGUUAAAGGUUCGAACUCCGCCAUUCUGACAGAAUUUACCGUGUCGACUCCCGAGGCACCGCCGCGGCUGUCGGACAAGUUUAGACAGAAACGUCAGGAGAGGAGGAGGGAGGUGGCCUUUUCUGCUCCCAUUCCCGAAACAGCCAUGUUGCAGUGUCCCAAGUUUCAGAAUCGGGAAGUAAAUGUGUGCUGGUAUGGUGUCGCGCUCAAAUCGGUUCUCCGGCAGGUGAAGGUUGAGUACUUACUGGAAUAUUUUAAAGGAGACACAAUUGCAAUUCUUUCCCUUGAAACCAUUAAGGCAGUCGGCCAGACCAAAGUGAAAGAGUGGCACAUCGGUUUUAUCCGAGGGAAACUUGGGCUGGUGCACUGCAAGAAUGUGAAGGUCAUUUCGAAGGAACAAGUGAUUGACUUCACAGACGCAAAGGUGACCACCAACACUCUCCUGGAUCAGCUGGUACGUCCAUACAAGAAACUGACCUACAUGUACUCUGCUAUUCAGUCGCUGGCCAUAGAGGACAUUACUAGCUGGAAGGCUUUUGCUGAGGCCUUAGGCUACUCCAGCCUGUCUCUAGAAGACAUAACCAGAGUGCAGGUGCAGACUGAAGCAGAGAAAGUAGCCUGUGUGCUCGAGAAGCUGAAAGAGGAUUGCCACUCGGACAAAACUAAGAAGAAAUUCCAGCACGAGCUCAUGAUUGGGCUUUUGAAGAUCGAUUGUCAAGGGCUCGUCGCCCGUCUGACCCAGAACACAGUCAUCCUGUCCACUGCGGUGGAACUGGGAAUCCGCUGGAGAGAGCUCGCCGAGAGAAUGGGAAAACUGUCGGGCGCUCAGAUUGCCGACUACGAGAAACCUCACCGGGGAAAGAGCGGCGAAGUGAGCGGUCAGUCGAUGUGGAAACCUGCAUAUGACUUUCUGUACACAUGGAGCGCCCAUUAUGGAGACAGCUACAGGGAUGUGAUACAGGACCUCCAUUUGGCAUUAGACAAAAUGAAAAAUCCCAUUACUAAGCAAUGGAGACAGGUCACUGGAGCACUGAUUGCAGUGAGCUGUAUGGAAAUCCUUCGGGCAUCUGCCUUUCCUAAAGAAGAAACUAAGAGCUAAAUGGAGAAAUGUACCGUUUCUUGUUAUGUGCAGAUUAGUGUUUUGUCACAAUGUAUAUCAAUUCAUGGGUAAAUUAUGCUGAAUGUACAUUUUGGCUUCACACAGCUACAUUACAGUGCAUUGAUAUAUACAUUAAGGCUUUACUUUUUCAUAAAUGUGCCGGCAACUUAGCUGAAGUGUUAAUAAAUUUUCUGCAGCACGACUUAGUAUGACCGGCUGUGCAAAAUAUGACUGAUGCUGGAGUGCAUAGAGCUAAAUUGUUUUCUCUUUCGAGAAAGAGGUGUCUGUCCUGUAUAAAACAACAUUAAAUCUGAUCUCAUAUCUCAUCUUAAAAAAGAUGUCUACGUAGUGCACCACAUUUGCUAUAAUACACUUGUUACAAAAUAAUGUCAUGCCCAGUGAAGAUGCACCUUUCCUGCUGUGCAUGGGGCGACUGAGUGUGCAAGGGGCUCAUAUCCAGAGUCCUUCGGUCAAACACAGGGGUUUCUGUGGAUUCAGGAGUUCUACAUAAUACAGCUCAACCUUUAAUGUUACUAUGUUUUAAAUAUGCGUUUGAACUUUUUCUAUUUUUCUAGAAUACAGCGAUAUUUUAUUAUCUAAAUAAAAGCCAUACUAGGGUACAGAUUUUAAACAAAAAGUGCAGUCGAGUAAGGUUGUUGUCUGCUUUUGCAGGUUUUAAUUUCAGCAAGGUCAGCGUGUUAAUGACUACAAAUUUAUUUCUGGGCUGUUAGGUUAUUUAAUGUCUAUUACACAUGUUUCUGUGUCAACCUUUCCCCAGUGGGUAGAGAGAUUUUAAAUCUGCUGAGAUGUCUCGGGGUGUUUUCAGCUCCAGAAAUAUUCUCUGAUGGGCAAGUUGCAGAUUUGCAGCAGCGUUAGUGGUUGCAAUGUUUUCGAUUUGCCAAUUAAUAAACCUAUACCUUUUGAUUAGUAGAAAUAGAAGGAAAUCUGACAGGAAGAUUUGACCGUGGCACUGCAAACUAAAAUACAUCAUGUGGUGUAACGCUAACUACAAACUAAACUAGUCAUUUUGUAAAUUCAGAUAAUGGUGGUUUCUCUCAAGUAAGUUUAACUUUUCCAGUUAAACAAUCAUUGAAGAAACUUUGAUCCAAUAAACAAAUUGAACUAUACCUAAAUAUGAGGCUAUACAUUAUUUUCAAAGUGUAGUAAAUUGUUCAAGUUGGGGCUGAAACAUUGAUUUUCACUUCCUCUAAAAAUUACCCCUUGGUUCUUAGUGAGAUUUACGAUAGCACUACUGUCACAGUGUCUGUGAUGCAUAGUCCAUUAAAACACAUAUAUUUGCUGUAGUCUGAAGUCUUCCUUUAAUCCUUUUUCCUGUUACCUUUAAAAUGUAUAAAUAUGGAUUAUACAGUAUAUGAGUACUAUUGCUGCCUUUUCUGAAUACUUUUUUUUGCCUUGAAUUUCAGAACUGGACUAACAUGAAAUUACUUUUGUCAAUGUUUGAAACACUAACAAUGUAUGUUAUUAACAGCAUAUUCUACCUUCGAGGGUAUUUCAGUAUUGUAGAAGGUAGUUGUUCACCAUUUCCCUUAAGCUGUAUUCCAAAGCUAAAACAGUACAGUGCUGCUGAUAAAAAGUGGCUCCCUUAGAAAUAACUGCACUUAAUUGUAUUAUAUUGCUGUUUGGAAUACUUUGUUGUUUACUGCAUAAUUAAUAAAGCUGAUUAUUUAAUGUA